CAGUUUCCAAAAUGUUUCUUUAUUCAUUUCUAAAUUCUUCUUUUUCCCUUUGAAGGGAAACCUUAAUCAUUCUUUUUAGUACUCUACUUCAGAAGAUAAGCAAUGUUCCCUCAGAGAAUGUUCAAUUUCAACCCUCCUCUUCUCUUUCUCACACCAAAUAUUCUUGUUCUUCCUUUUAGUACCGCAGUAUCAACUUUGGGCACACUACACGACAAACACUUUGCUCAUGACACAAAUCAUCACAUGCUGCAUACUUAGUUCAUAGGUUUUUUUUUUCUCUUCAAGUGUGGCUCUCUGCUGCUUCUGUUCUGCAUCAUCAUCAUUUUCUUCAAUAACUAUAGUUAGUUCCCUUUGAUAUUUGAUCUGGGUCACCUUCUUUUUUUCUUCUGGGACCAGUUUUCACCCAUCCCAUUUUGCACUGCUUGCUUUGUGUCUGUGACUUGGUCUCACCAAAACCUCAGAAUUCAAGAGAAUUUCGAAAUUUGGUGGUGCCUAGUUUGUUCAUUUUGGAUGUAAGUAAAACAACCACUGCAUCGACACUUUGCUUUUGGUUAAUUGGUUUUGAGGUCACUUUGUAUUGGGAAUUAUUUGUAUUUGGGAAAUGAAACAACAUAUAGAGUUGUAGUAGGGUGGUUCAUAAUGGGAUCUCAAAGUGGGGCAACCCAAGACCAAGAGCCAAAGACUGGUUCUUUGACCAGACAAGGGUCUUUGUACAAUCUCACCCUUGAUGAGGUGCAAAACCAGCUUGGAAAUUUGGGGAAACCCGUAGGAAGCAUGAAUCUUGAUGAGCUUCUCAAGAGUGUGUGGACUGUUGAAUCUGGAACGGAUGCGUACAUGCAUCAUGGUGGUGGUCAGGUGGUUUCUGCUGGCUCAUCUUUGAAUCCAGAACAAGGGAGCCUAACAUUGAGUGGGGAUCUUAGCAAGAAAACUAUUGAUGAGGUUUGGAGAGAUAUGCAACAAAACAAGAGUGUUGGUAAGGAAAGACAGCCUACACUUGGUGAGAUGACCCUGGAGGAUUUCUUGGUGAAGGCUGGUGUGUCUACCGAACCCUUUCCUAAUGAGGAUGGUGCUAUGGCCAUGUCAGGGGUUGAUUCCCAACAUAACACAUUACAGCAUGCCCAUUGGAUGCAAUACCAGCUCACUUCAGUGCAGCAGCAGCAGCAGCCACAACAACAGAAUAGUGUGAUGCCGGGUUUUUCGGGUUUUAUGGCUGGCCAUGUGGUUCAACAGCCUAUACCGGUAGUGUUGAAUACGGUUCGGGAUGCAGGAUACUCUGAAGCAUUGCCAUCUUCUUUGAUGGCUGCCUUGUCAGAUUCACAAACUGCAGGUAGGAAAAGGGUUGCCUCAGGUAAUGUGGUUGAGAAAACUGUAGAGAGGAGGCAGAAGAGGAUGAUAAAAAAUAGGGAAUCCGCAGCUCGGUCCCGGGCUAGAAAACAGGCUUACACACAAGAGCUGGAGAUUAAAGUUUCCCAAUUAGAAGAAGAGAAUGAAAGGCUUAGAAGACAGAAUGAGAUAGAGAGGGCAUUGCCAAGUGCACCAUCCCCUGACCCUAAGCAUCAGCUUCGCAGAACUAGUUCAGCUCCCCUUUGAUGGCUUCAUUGCAAAUUAGUUCCUACCAAACUUCCAUGCACUCCCAUAAUUCUCGUUUGCAAUAUAUAUGUUUGGCACUCAAGUUUCCAACAUUUGGAAAACUAUUUUUCCCUUGGAAGUGCUGCUAUAUAUUCUCCUCAGCAAUGCCCCCUUGUAAGAGUGUUUCCUAUAUGUACAUUUUAUAAGCCCCAUUUCCAACCUACCAAUCACUAUAAAUAUGCUUUAGUCUAAUUUUGAACACAUCAUAGCUUUACUACCAUUUCUUAGGACAAAACUUAGGCGCAGGACUAUAUAUGUUUUGGUGUUGUUUUCCAAUUAAAAUUGAAGUUUUAUGUUAGUAAUUUAUGCUUUAAAGGUCGGAAUUAAAGGUUGAUACAUGUUAUUGAGAUGAAAUUUCAAUUUUAAUUGAAGAACACAAACAAGAACAUCUAUAAUAUUGCACUUAA